UCCCAGUGUCCCCAUAUAUUCAAGUAUAAGUUCUCGGGCCCUGGUUCUCGGGCACUGGUUGUUAAAGAAUACAAAUAAAGUGAAGAAUUAUAAUAAACAUAAACAUUUUGUGAAAUGAAGACUUUUAAAGCUCCGGAUUGGGAUUCAGAUGCCGAAGAAGAUAAUUCUUUCCAGGAAAUGUUUAAGGAAUCCUUAAAUAGGAAAAAGAGAGAUCGAUUAGUUGUUGCUAAAGAUGACAGAAACCAGAAGAAACUAGAAAAACUGUUUAAGAAACAGUUCAGAGAUCUAAAAUCUAAUGAUUUAAAUGUUAUAACUGUACAAACGAAAAUUGAGCUGGGCAAGGCUCAGAAAAAUAGAGGCGAAAUGCCCAGAGAAAACUUUGAAGCUUCAAAAAGAGAAAAGUUGAGGAAAAGAUGCAAAAAGUCGAGAGCUAGUGAUUCUGAAGAUUCCGAAGGUGAAGUAACCAAAAAGCAGAAGAAAAUGUUGAAGAAAUACAGUUCCGAACUUAACAGUCUAAAUAGUAAUUCCGACAAACUAUCCAAGGAAUUGUUAAAAGAAAAGAAAAAACAGAAGAAACUGAAAAGAAAGUUGGAGAAAGCAGCGAGAAAACAAAUGUUGUUGAACAGAGCCAUCGAAAAAAAAAUCGUAGACAGUUUCGAGAACUUGCAAAUGCAGAAAAUUAAGAAAGAACCCGUUGAUGACAUAAAAAAACCCACAACUAGUCGGAAAGAUAAACUGACAAAGACACGGGAAAAGGAGAAAAUCGACAGUGAUAUAAACAUUCCCGAAUCUCUGAGAAUAGCCAAAAAAAUACAACUACAAGAGAAAUUAAAGACUAUUUUAACCCAAGUGCAGAAAAGGGAAAGCAAACCCAAACCUGUUAUGACCCUGAGACAGAAAAUGAUGGAAAAAUUGAAAGCGGCUCGGUUCAGAUUUCUCAACGAACAGAUCUACACUACAGACAGCAAAGAGGCUCAGAGGAUAUUCAAGAGUGAUCCCGAAGCUUUUCUGGCGUACCACGAAGGUUACCGGCAACAAGUAAAAGCCUGGCCAAUGAACCCUUUAGAUAUAAUCAUUAAAGCCAUUAAAAAAAUGCCCAAAACUCAUAUAGUGGCAGACUUUGGAUGUGGCGAAGCCAAACUGGCUAAAUCUGUACCACAAAAAGUACAUUCCUUUGAUCUUGUAGCUAUACAUCCUAUCAUCAUAGCUUGUGAUAUGGCAAAAGUCCCAUUAAAGGAGGCUAGCAUCGACGUAGUGGUUUUUUGUUUGUCUCUAAUGGGUACCAAUAUUCACGAUUACUUGCUGGAAGCAAACAGGGUGCUGAAAUUGGGGGGGAUAAUGAAAAUUGCAGAGGUGGAGAGCAGAUUCGGCAACUGCGACAGUUUCAUAGAAGGAAUUCAAUAUUUUGGUUUCAAGAAAGUUUGGAAAGAUCUGUCUCACAAUUUGUUCUGUUUUAUCGACUUCAAAAAGGUGAGCAACAUCAAGGAUAAGAAGAAGUUACCUACAAUAAGUUUACUUCCAUGUUUGUACAAAAAACGAUAAAAUAAAUAAUUACAACAAAUAAGGAAUAUUAUUUCAACGUUAGGCACUUUUAAUAACAGAUAUCAGAGGUGGCCAUACGACGAUAAGUUGAG